AGAAACAGGGGGACAUUGGAGACACCUGAGAGAGGUAUCAUCUACAAAAGUAACUUGAGAUAAUGGCCCUCUACGCAACUUCUUGUUCUCUGUUGAAGAUAUUUGCCCUUCUCAAAACUCAGCUAAUAUGAAUAGUUUUCUGAAAUUAAAAGUGCUGUGUGUUUUAGUUUUCCAGGCUUGGACCCAAUGCUUUCCAGUGAGAACAGAAUGCAGCCUUCACAUACUUCAGGUAUUUGUGAAGAAACUUAUGUUUAAUGAUGGUGUAUGGGUGAGCUCUAAUGACCUGACAAUGGGAAAUGACUGUCCAGUAAAUCAUAUGAAAGAAUUUGAAUUUGAGUUCCAUUACUCCGUGACAGAGUGUGGGAUUGAAACAAAGGUUUAUGCAACUGCAGUCCUUUUUCAAGCUGUUGUCCACUAUAACCCACAGCACCCUGCUCUUUCAGAAUUUAAUCAUUCAAAGACUGAUUUCUAUGUAUCCUGUGUAGUAAGCAGGAUAGUAAAACCACAGUAUUCUCUAUGGCCUCCUGAGCAAGAUCCAGAGUACAGUGCAUCCUUUAAUCCAUUAUUACUUUCAUCUCCAAAAUUCUGUUCAUCACCUAAGGACAGCACCUCAGAAGAUAUAAAACCAUCGUACUGAAGAUAUGUCGGUAUUAAGGUGAAACAUGGGUUACAUUACUGAAAAGUUGGUGAUUUGGGACUCGUUACCAUGAGUAUUCUUGCAAGAUCAUUUAUAUUGGACAAUUUCCCAUUCCUGGAAUGGAUUCACCCAUCUCUACUUCUGAGAAUCUUCCAUAUUCUUCAAUACCCAGUGCAAUCACCAUUUUUUAUCUCAAAACUCUUCUGAUGUUUUCCCCCUCUUAUCCUGAACUGCUUGUGUCUUCUUUGCUUAAAUUCAUUGUAUUUAAAUUGUAAUUAUUAUUUGUUAUUCAUAUGUCUAGUAUCACCUGGGUAGGACCUACACAAGACCAUUAAGAACAAGAACUAUCAUAUGUCUUUUUUUGUAUUGAACACAACAGGUACUAGAAUAAAUGCUUGUUUGCUGCGAGUUGAGA